AUGAGAAGGAAGCUAAGAAAUGGAAAGGGGGCCCGCGCUGGGAUAUGCCCAGGCGCGGGCGAAAUCGCUGGAGCGCUGAGGCAGUCGCGCGCGGCUAAGUCCCCACUGCAAGGGCGGGCUAGCGGCGCGCGCCCGAAAACCGCCGGCGCCGGCGCGCUGAGGCACUCGCGCGCGCCUAAGUCCCCACCACAGGGGCCAGGCUAGCAGGCGCGCGCAACGACCGAGGCGCCCCUGUCGAGCUGAGAGUGGACUCUUCACAGAUUUUGCCCUCGGGCCCCAACACGACGAUUGCGAGGCAGGCUCUCCCGGAUACUACGCGCUCAAGGAGGAAUCGCAAGACGAGGACGUGAAUGGACAGGAAUUAGGGAAUUUGUUCUUGAAGGAAGAAUGCCACGAGUUCAUUACACCCGGUGAGAGCCUCCUCGAGGAACGUCCUUACACCUCACCUUCGCACGAUUGGUUGCCCCCUGUUGAUUGCGCCUUCGGGCCCUGGGGUCACGGUUACGACGCAGGCUCUCCCGGUUCCCUUCAUCUGGCCGAGAACAUUAUGGACGCCGUCGAUUGGUCUAUCGGCCGCCUCUCUCCUCCCAUCGCUGUCAAUCGAGUUCACGCUAUUGCUACGGCCCCUGCCAACGACCCGCCCAUUCCGGUCCAUGCCGACGCCGACGAACUCGAUUUGUUGGGAGUUGCCACCGAUGAUGUCAACGACACCCCUGUAGUCCAUCGGCCGCCUGAUCCACUGCCCCAACCCUUCCUCGACACCGUCAUCCGAGCAUACGCCAAUGAUUCGCAAGCCCAGGUCAUCAUUACCGACCCGCUAUCAUGGCCUAUGUUUCGGGUGACCGAGGAAGGGAGGAUUUUGCGUGUACAUCCAGAUGAGUCUAUUUCCUUGUUUGUGCCUCGUGGUCUCGCUACUGGCGUCGUCAACUCCGACAAGGUCCCAUCGCUGCGUGAGCUCGUGCUUUCGGAGAUUCAUCGGAGUGUCGGGUGUGAGGAAUCCACUCUCCGCUCGGCUCAGGACUUAGGCGCGCGGAGCGAACCGGGCGCGGACUUAGGCGCGCGGAGUGAGCCGGGCGCCCCGGCCCAGGACUUAGGCGCGCGAAGCGAGCCUGGGACUUAG